AUGUUAUUCUUAAGAAAUGGAAAACAUUUACUUAGAUAUGUAAGUUCACCACACAAAUGUCGAUGUAAAUCCAAUACAGCAUUUAGUGCUAUGAAAAAUAAAAUAAAACAUGGUCCAGGGUUGAAAGAUUUUAUUAUUGAUUCUGCUGGACCAACUGAUGUUAUUACUCAUAAGCCUCAUAUACCAUAUUUGCCGGAUAACAUACAAAAUACUUCUAAACGAAAGGUUUAUUUUGAUGUAUAUGGUUGCCAAAUGAACUUGAAUGACACCGAAAUAGUUUGGUCUAUUUUGAAAAAUGAAGGCUACGAGAAAACUGAAGUAGAAGAAGAAGCAGAUAUUUUUCUUGUGAUGACUUGUGCAAUUCGAGAAGGUGCUGAAACAAAGAUAUGGCAUCGGUUAGAUCAUCUGCGGGGAUUUAAGAAUCGACGGGCAUUUUCGAAAAAUCGGCAAAAUCCAGUCAAGAUAGGUAUCUUAGGUUGCAUGGCAGAGAGAUUAAAAGAGAAGUUAAUUGAGAAAGAAAAAGCUGUUGAUGUUGUUGCUGGACCAGAUAGCUACAGAGAUCUGCCAAGGCUUCUAGCAGUAACAGAAAAUGGUCAGACAGCUGUUAAUGUGCUCUUAUCUUUAGAUGAGACUUAUGCAGAUGUUGUCCCUGUGCGAUUGAACCAAGGCAGUGUUUCUGCUUUUAUAUCAAUAAUGCGUGGCUGUGACAACAUGUGCACUUAUUGUAUAGUACCAUUCACCCGAGGUCGUGAGAGAUCCCGUCCUAUCUCAUCUAUUGUGGAUGAAGUGAAGCACCUCUCCGAAAAUGGUGUGAAGGAAGUCACAUUGUUGGGUCAGAAUGUAAAUAGUUACAGAGAUGUGAGUGAAAAUACUGAGAAAUUUGACACAAAGUUGGCUGAAGGAUUUAAAACAGUUUACAAGCACAAGAAAGGAGGCUUAAGGUUUGCAGAUCUGUUGGACAAAGUGUCUUCAGUUGACCCAGAAAUGAGAAUUAGAUUUACCGCAGCGCAUCCCAAAGAUUUUCCUGAUGAGGUGCUGCGCGUGAUCUCGGAGCGGCGCAACAUCUGCAAGAUGCUGCACCUGCCGGCGCAGAGCGGCGCGUCGUCGGUACUGCAGCGCAUGCGGCGCGGGUACUCGCGCGACGCCUACUUGCACCUCGUGGAGCGUGUGCGGGCCGUCGUGCCGGGGGUUGGUCUUUCAACUGACAUAAUUUGCGGCUUCUGUGGAGAAACUGAUGAAGAAUUUGAAGAAACUAUGUCUUUAAUGGAACUUGUUGACUACAACGUGGCUUUCCUAUUUCCUUACAGUAUGAGAGAGAAAACAGCAGCCUAUCGUCGUUAUAAAGACGAUGUCCCCGAACACGUUAAAAAGGAGCGACACUUUCGUCUCAUACAAUUGUACAGGAAGAAAUGCCAAAAAUUAAAUGAUCAAGAAAUUGGUAGUAUUCAUUUAGUUCUAGUCGAAGGUUUUGUACAAAAAACCGGUCAAAUUUUGGGCAGAAAUGAAUUCUAUAUAAAAGUGGUGUUUGAUCAAAUGGAAAUACCGUGUGGUGAAGGGAGAAGACAGGUGAAGCCGGGGGAUUAUGUUAGUGUUAAAAUAGAAAGUGCAAGGUGUUCAGUGUUGAGUGGAACUCCUCUCUGUCACACGAGUAUUGCGGAGUUUUACAAGGACUUUGAUUGGGCGGACAGACAUAACCUCAAAAUGUUAGAUGAUAAUGAUAGAAAAUAUAAUUUAAACGGC